UCAGGGCCCGCGGUCGCCGGCGCUGCUGCGGGAGCGGGGCGGGGCGGGGGCUCGCUCAUGGCCGCCGCCGUCGUCAUGGAGACCUCAGACGACGCCGGGAACCGGCUGCGCUUUCAGCUGGAGCUGGAGUUCGUGCAGUGCUUGGCCAACCCCAACUACCUGAACUUCCUUGCCCAAAGAGGGUACUUCAAGGACAAGGCCUUUGUCAAUUAUCUGAAAUACCUGCUUUACUGGAAAGAGCCAGACUACGCCAAGUACUUGAAGUACCCUCAGUGCCUGCACAUGUUGGAGUUGCUGCAGUAUGAGCAUUUCCGAAAGGAGCUGGUGAACGCCCAGUGCGCCAAGUUUAUCGAUGAGCAGCAGAUCCUGCACUGGCAGCACUACUCGAGAAAGCGGAUGCGGCUACAGCAGGCCCUGGCAGAGCAGCAGCCACUGCCACAGCAGAACAGCAGCACGUCCUCAGCGGGAAAGUGAGGGCUGAGGGCGGGAGGGGAGCCUCAGGGACUCCUUGUAAGGGCCAUUCAGUGACUUUCUCUAAACCACCUUAAGGUUUCUUUGUUCUAAUUCCCAGACUGAAGCAAAGUAAACAUCUUGGUCAAAAGAA